CUCUUGGCUGUGGCUCCUCUCGCCGCCUGAAGGCUGCUUGCACACUGCAUCAAGCCUCCCGCUCCUUCCGCCCGCAGCUGCUCCCAGAAUCUGAGGGAGAGGGGGCUGUCAGGGGAAGCCCACUGGUCACAUGCCGUCUUCUCUGUUCAUUCCACAGAAUCGCACCGUGCUCCUGUAAUGAACCUGGUGCUGUGGUGAAAUCCUUCCCUGCAGUCUGAGCGGGGCGUCCCAACAGAUUCCGUCCACAGAUUUUACUGACUCGCUGAACCCAUCUUUUAACCUUGGAUGAGGAUUUUUGCCUGUGGGCACUUUUUCUUGGCUGUGGAAUAUAAGGAGCCUCACUUUACUUUUUAAGGGCUCUGAAGUCUUGAUCUUGAGACUAAUAAUGGCAGGAAAAUCGUCACUUUUUAAAGUCAUUCUCCUUGGAGAUGGUGGAGUUGGGAAGAGCUCGCUCAUGAACAGAUACGUGACUAAUAAAUUUGAUACCCAGCUCUUCCACACAAUAGGUGUGGAAUUUUUGAAUAAAGAUUUGGAGGUGGAUGGACAUUUUGUUACCUUGCAGAUCUGGGACACAGCCGGCCAGGAGCGGUUCCGAAGCCUGCGGACGCCCUUCUACAGAGGUUCCGAUUGUUGCCUGCUUACUUUCAGUGUCGAUGAUUCCCAAAGCUUCCAGAACUUGAGUAACUGGAAGAAAGAAUUCAUAUAUUAUGCAGAUGUGAAAGAGCCCGAAAACUUUCCUUUUGUGAUUUUGGGUAACAAGGUUGACAUAAGCGAACGGCAAGUGUCCGCGGAAGAAGCCCAAGCCUGGUGCAGAGACAACGGCGACUACCCUUACUUUGAAACAAGUGCAAAAGAUGCCACCAAUGUCACAGCAGCCUUUGAGGAAGCAGUUCGGAGAGUGCUGGCUACCGAGGAUAGGUCAGAUCACUUGAUUCAGACAGACACAGUCAGUCUCCACCGGAAGCCCAAGCCUAGCUCCUCUUGCUGUUGAUCGGUAGAGGUGGCCCGUGUGUUUUAACCAAUUCACACACACACACACGGAAGUGAGCACGAGGUAGAGAAGAGAGUUAGCAUUCGCAGCAAUGGAUCAUCUACUCAUACAUGAAACUAACCUAUAUUGCUGCUUCAUUAGUGGGUGGGAGAAGGGACACAUCCACUUGUGGAAGAAUUUAUUUACUCAAUAUUGACACCUUACAUUUAUAAAUUGUCAAGGUGGUCUAAUGUUUAACUUAAACAUGUAAGUGACAGAGCUAAUGAAUGAAAAUGACCAAGACUUUAAUUAAAACACUUGAAGAUUCUAGAAGUUACUGGUUUCUUUUCCUGGGAAAAUGGAGAACUACUUUUUGUAUGUGUAUAUUUUUAUGUAAUUAGCAUUGUAUUCUUGGUUGGGGGGGGUUCCCUGAAGCAAUAAUGUUAGAUAUUAGAGAUUAAAGUCUAAUGCAUUUCCACUGUGGUUA